UCAGGUUUUCCUCCCGCGCUCCCGUUACCGCGCGCGUUCGCCACCAUGUCCUUCAUUCCCGUGGCCGCAGACUCUGACUUCCCCAUCCAGAACCUGCCCUACGGGGUCUUCUCCACCCCGGACAACCCACGGCCACGGAUUGGUGUGGCCAUCGGGGACCAGAUCCUGGACCUCAGUGCCAUUAAACAUCUCUUCACUGGACCUGUCCUCACCACGCAGCAAGAUGUCUUCACUGAGCCAACUCUUAACAACUUCAUGGGCCUGGGGCCUGCUGCCUGGAAAGAGGCGAGAGCAUUCCUGCAAAUCCUGCUGGCCGCUGGCCAAGCCAGGCUCCGGGAUGAUGCAGAACUUCGGGGCCGGGCAUUCGCCUCGCAGGCUUCAGCCACCAUGCACCUGCCAGCUGCCAUUGGAGACUACACUGACUUCUACUCCUCGCGGCAGCAUGCCACCAACAUUGGAACCAUGUUCAGGGGCAAAGAGAAUGCACUGAUGCCCAACUGGUUGAGCCUACCUGUGGGCUACCACGGCCGUGCCUCCUCUAUCGUGGUGUCCAGCACCCCAAUCCGCAGGCCCAUGGGACAGAUGAGGCCUGAUAACUCCAAGCCUCCUGUUUUCGGGCCGUGCAAGCUACUGGACAUGGAGCUGGAGAUGGCUUUCUUUGUAGGCCCUGGGAACAAGCUGGGAGAGCCCAUCCCCAUUUCCAAGGCCCACGAACACAUCUUUGGAAUGGUCCUCAUGAACGACUGGAGUGCCCGCGAUAUUCAGCAGUGGGAGUACGUGCCCCUGGGGCCAUUCCUUGGGAAGAGCUUCGCCACCACCAUCUCCCCGUGGGUGGUGCCCAUGGACGCCCUCGCACCCUUCGCCAUACCCAACCCCAAGCAGGACCCCAGGCCCCUGCCAUAUCUUUGCCAUGACCAGCCCUAUACGUUCGACAUCAACCUGUCUGUGGCCCUGAAAGGAGAAGGGAUGAGCCAACCGGCCACCAUCUGCAGGUCCAACUUCAAGCACAUGUACUGGACCAUGCUGCAGCAGCUUGCCCACCACUCUGUCAAUGGCUGCAACCUUCAGCCGGGCGACCUCCUGGCUUCUGGGACGAUCAGCGGGCCGGAGCCCGAGAGCUUUGGCUGCCUGCUGGAGCUGUCCUGGAAGGGGACAAAGCCCAUAGAGCUGGGACAAGGACAGACCAGGACGUUUCUGCUGGAUGGAGACGAGGUCAUCAUCACAGGGUACUGCCAAGGAGACGGCUACCGCGUGGGCUUCGGCCCGUGCGCCGGGAAGGUGCUGCCAGCCUGAGGGCCGGCAGGGUCGGGCCUCCCGCCGCUGUUCUCUCGGGGGUGAAUAAAGCCACCGCACUGCGUCCCA